AUGGACGGCACUUUGUCUCCUUCUGAUUCGGGGAAGUUCAUUGCCGAGCACGGAGAGUUCAUCAAAAUCAAUCAAGAGGGCGUCGAAAAAGCGGCUAAGUUGGUUGGUUUUCCUUUUUAAAGCUUUAUUCUCAAAUCUCCGCUUUUUAAAGUAUUAUUUCAGUUCAUGAUAAGAAAUAUUGAAUUGAAUUUUUUUAAAACAGAUCCUCGAUGCUGUAAAAAAUGAUUCGAUAAAGCAAGUUUUGUUCGCCGCUCACGUUUUACACCCGAAGACUGCAGAUGAAAAAGCUGUGCAAUGGUAUUUUUCUUUUCCAGUUUUCUGAUGAUUGUGUGCUCAGGGUAUUCUUCAUGGACACUAUCAACUUCUCUUUCUGGCCUGAUGAAGGGAAGAAAUACGACGUUUCCUACAAAGGAGUGACGUACACGGGAUAUUUUGCUGGUUGUGCGGCCUUGAACAAAGUGAUUUUUUUUUCUGUAUCUGAUCCAAGAAAGCAAUAAUCGAAAUGUAUUAAAACACAGUCUUAAAAUUAUAAAGCCCUCGCAAAAGGAGAAUCAGUUUUUCUAUUUUUUGAAAAGUUCCUUUCUGAUCGUUCAAUUCUUUGAAGGCGUUGGAUUCUGGUAAGGCCGUAACAUCAGCCCAGUUUAUGGCGACAGCAAGCGAAGAAGUUAUCGACGAAAUAUUCAAAUCUGAUUCUGGAGAAUCGAUUCCUUUGCUGAAACAAAGAGUGCAGGCGAUCAACGAGGCCGGAAGAGUACUGAGCGAGGUUUUGUCACGAUUUUUCUUUUGACGAAGUACUAUUACGAUAAUCUUCACCAACUAUAAACAUAAAAUACUUGAAAAAUGUUUCUGCGAGUUGGGAAAUUGAUCAACUAAUGAAUUUUGUGAUCCUUCUAACCUCGUUAUAGGUUCAACUUUUUUUUUCUUUCAUAAAAGCUUUCCACACAUAAACUCUGUUAAACGAUAAAAUUUAAAGGAUGAAAAAGUUCAGAAGUUUGGCGGCUUGUUUUACAACUGUGUUGUGCAAGCGAACAGAAGCGCGCAGAAACUCCUUUCGAUUAUUGUUGAAAACUUUGAAUCUUUCCGUGAUUUCGCCGUAUAUAGGGGUCAGAAGGGUGAGAUCUAUUGUAAAUAUAUUUGUAAGAAUAACAUUUAGUUUCUCUGCUGAAGCGUGCCCAAAUCCUUGUGGCUGAUGUUCACGGUGCUCUGGAAGGGUACAGUCCGGAGGAGAAUUUCAACGACAUUGGGUAGGUUCUCUUCUCGACUUGUUUCAGAAGAAAACGAAGUUCAGUUCACUGACAAUGUUUGCUGAUUAUCGUGUACCUCAGGCGAUGGCCUUUUUGGGUGUUCUGGAGUAUUCGGAAGGUUUGCUGCAAAGAUUGGGUGAGGGGAAGAGACUCGAAAACGGAUCUCAAGAAGAAGUUGAACUGCGUGGAUUUUCCAUUCAUGGCUGUCAGGUUGGGAGAAAUCGUGUUUUUAUCAAUCGAAAAAUUAAGAACGAGAAAUUAUCAUCUUUUGUUUUCAAAAAACUGGAUUUCAAGUAAUUUAAGGGCCGAUGUGUGAGAGUUCCAUAAAAAAAUUGAUAUUUUUUUCACGGAAAAAUUAAAAUAGAAAAAAAGUAGGGUGGAAAGCAGUAUCAUAAUUCGGCUGGGUCCCACCCCUCGCAAACUGCGGUAUAUUCAUUAAGCUUCAUAAAACUAAAAAAAUAAAUUGUUUUUAAUUUAUCUCAUUUGUCGAAAAAGAGUACUCGAAACUAUAGAAAAUCGUGGAGGCGAUUCGGGAUCUCCGUGAGAAAGAUCCGAACUACGCGGAUCUGCCCGAAGUCCCUGACGUUGAAGUCGACGUCUUCAUUUGGGUUUACCGACGUCAACACGCUCAAGAAAUCGAGGCGAAGGUGCGUUGUUGGAAUGAAAGAAUGUUUCGCACAACAAUAAAUAAAUCUACAAAAAGAAAUUUCGAAGACUUUUGUAGAGUUGAAGUGCUUGCAGGUGCCUUUCCAUCGGACGAGAUGCAUUUACUACUAA